AUGCGGACAUCAUCACCACUGUCGCUGAGGCGCGCGCUUCUGCUGACGUCCUUCUUCGCUGCCGGAGUCUACGCCCAACAAAACAACAACGACGACGAAGACGAAGCACAGACAUCGCAAACACAAAACACACAGCCAACGCCCACAAACAACCGGUCAUCGACCUCCUCCGCGAAUGCGCAAACGAGCCAAACCUCUUCUCCCACCAACGCUCCUCCCCCGCUGUCUUCCAGCACCCAAUCCGAAGAAACACUCCCUUCCCUCCCUCAACCGACCGCCGACUUGACCCUCACCGAUCUCCCGACCCUCUCCUCCCGUCCCGACCUCAGCAUCCCGACUUACCCCCCUCCCGCCAUCCCGCCCACCCACAAUGCUCCCUUCAUGAACCACUCGACCCUCCCAGACGGCACCGUAUUUAUCGCCGUCGGCGCCAUCCUGGCCGCCUUUGGCCUCGCCGUCCUCCUCUGGCGCGGCAUCCUCGUCUGCCUCCUCCACCGCAGCGUAGAACGCGCGGCCAUGGCCCAGCACGCAGCAAACGACAAGUCGGCCGCCUCCUUCCCGGCUCCCCCGGCCCAAUUCUACAAGUACCUCGAGCGGGAAUCCAACGCCUCUCUUCCUGUUGCUGGCGCCAACUCGGGAACCAACAGCGGGAUCGGCACCCGGCGCACCCACCGCGGUCCUACCCCCUCGGCCACUCCCUCGCAAACAAACCUGUUUUUUUCACCUACGGCCGGCCACGGAGCGGCAAUGGGUGGCGGCGGUGCCGGAGCGGGCUCCUCAAACCGCGACUCGAGGUUUUUACCCUCUGGGUUUUAUGCUUCAGCAUCACCCAACCCUGGUGGUGCGGGUGCGGUAGGUGGUGGUGGUGGUGGUGGUCAUCAGCAUGGAAACUCUAUUAGUCUGUCUACCCUGCGACCGGCAUCACGAGGAAGGGGGCAGAUGAUGGGGCCUAGUCCGCCCGAGUCCCCGUCUAUCGAUCCGAGAAUGGGAGGGGGAUUUAGCUCGAGCUCGCUGAACUUGAACAGGCCGCCUAGCGCGGGGGCGAGGGCGCCGAGUGCGUAUUUGGAUGACUUGUUGGAUGAUCAGCCGGGGUUGUUUCCUCCUGCUGGGGGGCAGCCUGGGCAGCAGGGGGGUGGGUAUAAUGGGGGGCAGCAGAGGGGGAGGUUUUAG